ACAUAGCAUGUCUAGCAGUCUGCUCAAUAACAAUAACACAGCUCGGGAAAUCGGGGAUGGUGCCGAUAGUGAGAAAGAUAAGCUAAGUCACAGUGGCCAUGUUGCUUCCGACUUGAGUGAUUCCGAACCCGAAAUCGUGACUGAAGUACUUUCUGGCGUAGCUUUCCAAAGGAUGACUGUUAAAGCGGGAAAAUCACAGAGAAGUCCUGGAGUGGUCAGACGAGGUCUAGAAGUGGUGGAAGAAAAUGGAUCAACUGAGCAUUAUUACCCGGAACCACAUUCGCCUGAGCACAAGGUGCACCAUGAGGAGGAUGAGAAUAUUGAUAAGCAUUUUGUUAAAGGGCAUUCCUCUACUGGUUCACCCGCUAGGAUUAGCCAAUUAUCAGCCAACACAUUGGGAAGUGUUGACAGUCUUACAAGUUUUUAUAGUUCAGCCGGUGAGAGGAAUUUUGGAAAGAUAACGGUGACUGGCGAUAUCAAAUUUGGUUUGUCCUACAACUAUAAAACUGGUGUAUUUGAAGUAAAGAUUGUAGCAUGUCGAGAUUUAGCACCUGUGGAUGUCAAAAGAAAUACAUCUGACCCUUAUGCCAAAACAUAUCUACUUCCUGAUAAAACAAAGAACGGUAAAAGAAAAACCCGAAUAAAGAAACGUACAUUAAAUCCAGCAUUUGAUGAAACACUCAAGUAUUUAAUUAGCGAAAGCGAGUUGCAGACACGAACACUGUGGAUAUCUAUAUGGCAUAAUGAUGCGUUCGGUCACAACGAUUUCCUCGGAGAGAUACAGCUUCCGUUAGAUGAUAUCAACUUAGAAGACUUUCAUCCUGAGUGGCGGCCGCUUUGUCCACGUGUCCUUGCCGCUGGAAUGGAGAGUACGCUGUCGUACAAAGGAGACUUAACAAUUGCUAUCAAGUUUAUUCCUGCCGAUGCCUCUAAUGGGUCACCGUCUCAGGAGGUACAGAAAGGAAAAUCAAAGAAAAAGGCGAAGAACCCACCUGAGCCCGGAAAAGGUGCUAUACAUGUUCACAUUAAAGAUGCUAGGAACCUCAUAGCUGUUAGAAUUAAUGGGUAUUCCGACCCUUUCGCCAAAUGUUAUCUUCUGCCAAACAAGAGCAAGUCUGGGAAGCGAAAAACUGAAGUGAUAAAAAAGAACUGUAAUCCUCAUUGGGACGAGACGUUCAUCUACGAAGGAGUCAAUGUUGAGGAUCUGAAAGAGCGGGCCUUGGAAGUGACUCUCUGGGACAGAGAAUCAAUGGCGUCAAAUGACUUUUUGGGAGGUUUACGUCUGGGAGUUGGGAAUGGAAAGUCGUAUGGUAAGGAAGUAAAAUGGCAAGAUUCACGGUCAGCAGAGACAGCAUUGUGGCAACGAAUGUUGGACAAUCAAAACCAAUGGGUCGAAGCUAACUUAAUGCUACGUAGCCAUAUGAACGGGAAAGAAGCCAAAGAACCUGAAUUUAUUUAG